AUGUACACGGAUGUAGCUUGGAAUCCGGUGACUAAAUGCGCCGGUCUUGCUUGGAUCAUCGAUGAUGCGGUAUCAUCUUCCUCUCACUCAGCGACCGAAACUUCUGUAGUGUCGUCAUUGAUGGCGGAAACGUUGGCCUUGCGAAAGGCCAUGACCUCUGCCCUACAUCGUGGAACAACAGAUCUCUUGAUACUUUCAGAUUCACAGACUCUCAUCAAACUUGUGAACUCUAAAGGUAGACACUUGGAGAUCGCGACUCUGUUCAUCGACAUUCAACUAAUUUCUCCUCUCUUUAAUUCUGUUAAGUUUAAGUUUAUUCUUAGACUGGAUAACUGUAGGGCAGACUAUGUUGCCAAACAGGUUCUGUCUAUGUACCAAACAUGA